GCUUUCGGAUCGCCUCUUGGGAAAGAGAGAAUGUGUCAUUAGGUGUAUCGCGGUUCCGUCGUGGACACUCGUUUCUAUGUUUGAAUAUUUUUCUCCUGUCGCGCUUUCUGUGUGUCGUCGCCGUUGUCCCCGUUGUCGGUAUCGCCUUCUUGUGAGUUUUAAUCAAGUUGGGGCUUAGUCCAACCGAGCCAAGGAGCUCUAAACAGUGUCACCAGCGCGCGGAGUGCGACAGCAGCAUAGCGGCCAGUGCAAAAGCGCAACAAGAAUAGCGAUAGCGGAGUGUCUUUCCGUGGUAGACCGCAUAUUUAGGAGGAAACUAGUUUUCUUUCAUCGCGCGAGGGCUGCCUUUUACAUACUUUCGAACGAUUUUUUUUUGUCUUCGCUUCUUGCGAACGGUGUGUGGACAAAACGUUUCAGUGUUUAUCCCCUUGGCGCCUUGUACUACAUACCACACGCGAACCAAAGGCCCCGGAUUGGGAUGUGGCCUUAGGAAAACCGCCUUUCAACGAUUAUCGGCUGUGAUCGAAUGUGAAAAUGCUGGCAGCGGUAGGAGCAGCAGCAGCAGCAGCAGCAGUUGGAUCACAGUCGUUGUUUAUGUGAGGUGCACGCGCGCGCGAAGGAAAACGGGCCUGCUACCGACCGAUCUCUAUCCAGGCCAAUUUCUCACCAGGGAAAAUACGGGGCAACGCGCAAAUCGUCAGCCAGAUCGGUUUGUGGAAGGAAAAGUUUUGAUGACGGAGUAGUGAGUGUGCGGCGAGAGCGUUUGUGAAACGAGCAAGCAAAAAAAAAAAACGGAAGAAGUUUUUCAGAUUUAGUGCAACCGUGCGGAAAAGUGUUGCGUUGUGAAGAAUACAGGAGGCAACGACUUGUCCACGAUUUUUGCCAAUUUCGGCGAAGGAAAUGUAGUGUCUGAAGAGUGGGGCAGUGAAUCGUGCGUGAGAGUGUGAACGCGGUGACUCCAUGGACAGCCAUGGAGAAGAAAUACGCCUAGCCAGCUACUGUAGGACUGUCGUAACGUCGCAGCCAAGGCAUUGUCACCUUCGUCGCCGAGUAGGCCGAGAGGUGAAAAUUGUCUGAUCGCACCGAGAGAAUCGAAUUGCAUGUGGAAAAGGGUUCUGGGAAGUGGUUCUGAAACCGAUGGCUGUGAAGUGAAUGGAUGUGAUUGAGUGCUCGGUAAUAAAUGAGAAGAGGCUGGAGUACGGCAGUAUCCGGCAAGGGGGAGAAAAAAGUGAAAGAAGCUGCGAAAUAGCUAAUGAAGAAAAGUUUUUUUUCUCGAGCAAGUGAGGGAGUGAAUGAUCGGGCAAAGUGAAGAAAACGAAAAGUUCUGAGGGUUCAAAUUGAAUAUCUCCUCAGUCGAGAACGCAAAUAUCCUCAACUAAAACAACCUGAUUCGAUCAGUCACCCGAUCAGUUCGAGAAUUGGAAGCCGCACUGGAGAGGACGGGAUAAAUUAUGCCAAAAAUUUCCAGCGAUGCAGAUUUACCACUCGGCUGGGAGAUUAACACCGACUUUGAUGGGAAGGUUUAUUUUAUUGAUCAUAUUAACAAGAAGACCACAUGGAUCGAUCCCCGUGACAAACUCACCAAGCCAGAAACGUUUGCCGACUGCAUUGGAAAUGAGCUGCCGUUCGGGUGGGAGGAGGGCUAUGACCCCCAGAUUGGAACCUACUACAUCAACCACAACUCGCAGAAGACCCAGCUCGAGGACCCGCGGCUGGAGUGGAAAAGCAAGCAGGAGGAGAUGCUUCGCGAAUAUCUCUGCUCCGCACAGGACACACUGGAGGCAAAGAAGGAGAUCUUCAACGUGAAAACCCAGCGGCUGCACCUGGCGCAGGAGGAGUACAACCACCUGAACGCCCUGGCCGCCAGUAGGACUAGCUUAUGUUCAUCAACUAGUUCAUGUAGUACAAAGUUCGAUCCGGAGUUACUUCGAGCGGAUCUUGCCCUGGCUAAGGAGCGUGUGUCUCGCCUCAAGAAGGAACUCUCUCGGAUACAGAAAGAAAUGCAUAAUACUCAGAAAGGUGUCGAUACUCUAUCGAGUGUUGAACAAAAGCUGAACUCCCACAUCAAUGGCUGCUACAACAUAACCGAGGCCCAAGCCAUAUUGGAGGAGGUGAAGAUGAUUCAGAAAUCUCUGAUAACGGGCGAGAAGGAGAAGAAAGAACUGAUGAAGAGUCUGGCGCAGGUGAAGGACGACCUGACGAGGUUGCAGCUACGGCAGGAGAGUCCCGACGCGUCCACCUUCAACCUGGCGCAGGAUCGCGUGUGCGCGGCAUCGCAGACCGACCUGUCGUCCGACAACUUCCCGAUGGGAGCUCGGGAGAUGGCAAAGAUGCGCCAGCGGUACGACGAGUGGCGAAGGCGCGUCAAGGAAAUACAGGAAAAGCUGGCAGCACUGGAGGAGAAAAUCCGGCCCGGGGAGGUUGAAUCCGACCAGGACCGGUUACUGCUGUUCCAGGAGAAGAAACAACUUCUGCUGGAGUACCGCAGCAUAACGCCCAAGUCCCGAUCGCAAACCGAGAUGAAACGGAUACAAAGCGUCUGCAAGAAACUGGAAGCGGACCUGAACAUGGCGUACGAAGAGUCCAAUCAAUGCAUAGCAACCCGCCUGAAGCUACACGAAGAGAAGCAAGCGCUACUUCAGAAGCUGCUGGAAGCGCUCAAAGAGUUCACUCAUCUGGAGAAUCAGCUCAAAUCCCUCUCCGCUAGCACUCUAUCGAUCAGCAGUAGCUCCAGCUUGGGCUCCCUGUCCACAGCCAGCAGCAAAGGCUCACUUAGCGGUCUCAGUUUCACCGACAUCUACGGAGACCCACUCUCCACAGAACCCCAAAUCGAUAUGGUCGACAUCAACCGGCGAGUUCAACGGUUAUUCCACCCGAGUUCGGAAGUAUCGCUAUCGCCGCGUAGCAGCUUGUCGAUAGAAACUCCACCUGCCUCCCCCAUGAAGAUGGAAUGGAACGGCGGCGAAGCGUCGUCCAGCAAGUGCUCCGCUCCGUUCAACAUUCCAGCGCCGAGCUACGCUCCGGAUUACAACUUGGACAAACAGCGGCUGGAAGAGCAACUGCAAGAGCUGAAAAUGCAAAAACUCGCCAUUGCCCCUCUCUCGCCAAUCUACGAGAAACCUUCGUACCUGGACAUCCCCCCGGCCGUCAUCCUAAGCCGGUCGUCUUCCACGUCCAACACGCGGUCCGUAUCGACCACCGUGAGCGACGAAUCCGUGGCCGGUGAUUCGGGCGUCUUCGAAGCAUCCCGCGCCCUGCUCGCCAACAAGGAUUGCGCCCAGAUCCAGAUCGGCAUUCGGUACACCACCGCUGACUGUACCCUGCGCAUUGUGAUCGAGAGGGGACGCAACUUGACGGCCCUGUGCAUACCGGAGGGCUGUCAGCUGUUCGUACGGGCGAUUCUCCUUCCCGGCACGACGGCAAACUUCAUUCGAACGAACGCCGUGACGGACUUUGUGAAGCCGGUCUUCCAAACAGCGCUACUGGCGCAGAUGCCGCUGGACAAGGUGUACAUGAAGUCGCUGCACGUGAAAGUGAUGAUCACGAUCGGUCAGCGGGAGGACUGGGUGGGUAGUACACAGAUCAGUUUGGCGGAGUUUAAUCCAACGGACGGCAGCAGCAAGUGGUACAACAUCAUCAGCCGGAAGUCGAUGAACGAGCUGGACGGACUGGAGGGUUGUUCCUCCGGGUUGGGCAUCAAGGAGGAAUCGUCGGACGAAUCGACGAUCAUUUCAUCGCAGACGUCGACGUUGACGCGAAACCAAGGCCAGGAUGAACUGCAGGCAGUGCUGGAAAUGGUGUUCGACGAUCUGGGCGGGGAUGAUUGUGAGGAGGACGAUGAAGAUGACGAGGAUGAGGAGGACGAAGAGGUGGAGGUGGGAGUGGAGCUUGAUGAGGAGGCGGCGAAUCAAGCAGCGACACAGUUGAUGCUGGAGGAGUACAUGAAUAGCGUGAAGGGUACGAUUGCUACGGACGUGGACGAAGCGGCGGAAGCGAUCGCACUGGCAGUGGAAAAGGUCGACAAGGAAACCAAUACGGAGUGCGCCUUCCUGCCGGAGAAGGGCCGCCGGCGGUUGCAUGAUCCGGCGCGCAACAGUAAUGGGACGAUCGAUGAGAACGCAGUGAUCGACGAUCGGCUCGUGAAGCGGUCGCAGACAUUCUCGCCAAGUGCCGUCGCCAGUAAGGCUCGCUACAUUUGUCGGUUGAACCGCAGUGACUCGGACUCGGCCAUGCAUUUCAACAAUCCUGUGACGCCGCAUCCGUUUAAACGGGGAGCCGUCGAGCGGAGAUCCUUGAGGUACCAUAGCCGAACUCCCAAAGUGUAUCACAAAAUGCACCCAGCCGUGCCCCGUACUAGUCUGGACCUGGAGUUGGAUCUGAAAGCGCAACAAACCAAGCUGGAAACGCUGACGGACGAGAUUGGUCGGUUGCGAGAUCUUAAAAAGCGUCUGGAGCUGGCUCGUGAUAACAAUGACGUCAAGGUCGCCACCUGGGCACUGGAGAACGAAGAUUUCCUCAAGCUGAUCAAGAAUGCGGGCAGUGCGACGACGCCGGAGGAAAAGCAUCUGGCCAAGCUACUGCACAAAACCUCCAAGGAGAUCUACAAGCUGCGCAAAACCAAAGCCGGCAAGGGGAAGCUGGAUCUGAUUUCGUUCAAAGAAAAGAUGGCAUUCUUCACUCGCCGGGGGGUCUCGGUGCCGGAACUCCCAGCCGACAUCCUGCAGCAGGACGACAGUGAGGAGCUGUCGUCCAGUUCGUGCAAUUCCCCCAGCAAACCGGUGGACCCGUGCGGGGAACCGUCGACGAGCAAGGGCUGCCAGUUUUCCUACGACGACGUCGAUCGAACGUACGGUGUCGAGGUGUAGCAACAAUUCGACACCUAUCCAAACAAAUUCGAAACAUGACAAAAGUUGGCGGCUGCGUCGCCGGCACAUACACACACACAAACCAGCGAACGGCUGGAUCAAAGUAAACAAACACAAACAAGAAAAAAAACUUUAGCAAUGGUAAAACGACCACACAAAACAGGGGUUAUCGUUUUUGGUUAACUUUUUUAGUAGGGAAAAGGACGGGGAAUUAGGGAGAAGCCAAACUCUGCGCUUUGUUCUGCGAACCAAAGCUCUACGUGCAUUUACGAGAUAAGAUUUUGUUUUAGAGAAAGAGUGAACGCAUUACAGAAUAAGCUCCGAUUCUACUACCGCACCAUAUUUAUGCGCUGCUACUACCAAUUCUAGUACGGCCUGUAUAGAUUUUGUUUUUGACAUAUUUCGGAUCAUGGACGAUGAGUCAUCGUGAUUGGCAAUGGCGAGCGGCAUUGACGUCCCACACAUUGGAACGGGGACGUGCGGAAAAUUGGAACCGGGGAACUGUUUUUAUUUUGUCUCUGCUGAAAAAAAGAAGCUUACGAUUUUAGCCAGUGAGUGUGAGCAGAAUAGGGAUGGGGAAUGCAUGCGAUAGAGAUAGCUAGACUGACUGAGCGACCGGUGGAGUCAAGAUGGAAUGUGCAAUAACUUUGUAAAUAUAUUUAAACACGGAACAGGGCAAGGGGUGCGAUUGAACCGAGGUGGGUGUGUGAGAGUGAUAGGAGUAUAGAAAAUGGGGAAUUUUAAACUAAUAUGCGUGGAAUAGGACGGGAAAUGAAGUAAUCCGAUGGUUUUCGAGGGAACGUUUCGGUACGAGUAAUAAUAUUUGUUCAGUUUCGACUCAGAUUCGGAUCAGCUCAGUUUCAAUCCAGUUUCAGUUCAGUUCCAUUUCAGUUUCACUUCACUUUCAGUUCAGUUUCUGUUUUGUUUCAGUUCAGUUUCAGUUCAGUUUCAGUUCAGUUUUAGUUCAGAUUCAGCUCAAAUUCAGAUCAGCUACAGUUGAGUUUCGACUCAGAUUAAGUUGAGAUUUAGUUUCCGUUCAACUUUAGUUCAUUUCCAGUUCAGUUUCAAUUUAGUUUCAGUUCAGUUUCAGAUCAUUUUCAGUUCAGUUUCAGUUUCAGAUCAUUUUCAGUUCAGUUUCAGUUCAGUUUCAGUUCAGUUUCAAAUCAGUU